CAGCACAGGUCAGUCCUUCCUGUGAACUGACUGAACACCAGACUGUGGCACAGACUUAACGCAACUCCUCAGAGUGGAUGGUGCAUCUGCAGAGUGCAUGCAAUCCGUGUUUUGGGUUUGUUUUCCUGGGCUCCCGGUGAUCCCCCCGCUGGUUCCUCUUCAUGCUUAAAGACAGUGCGAAGGCUGGCACGCAAACCGGCUCCUGAACCGUCCUGGUUUAAGAGGGGGUAGAAGACAAGAGGGGAAGAUGCUGGGCUCAGUGUCUCUCUCGGACCGACCACCCGCUCCAGGUCACGGGCAACACGCGGCUGCAGGCUCCGCUGCCGCCGGGGAGACAAUGAUCAUGUCCGGCUCAGGCUCAGUGGUCCUCCCGGCUGGAAUUAUCAAUCCAUCUGUACCCAUCCGGAAUAUCAGGACCAAAUUUGCCGUCCUGAUCGGUCUGAUUCAGGUUGGAGAGGUUAGCAACCGGGAUAUUGUGGAGACGGUGUUGAAUUUGUUGGUGGGUGGUGAAUUUGAUCUGGAAACAAACUUCAUUAUUCAGGAUGUGGAGAGCAUCAGCUGCAUGGUGGAGCUGCUGGAGCACUGCAACGUCACCUGUCAGGCUGAAAUCUGGAGCAUGUUCACAGCCAUCCUUCGCAAAAGUGUUCACAACCUUCAGACGAGCACUGAAGUGGGCCUCAUCCAGCAGCUGCUGCUCAAAAUGAGCUCAGUGGAUGACAUGAUUGCAGAUUUGCUAGUGGACAUGUUAGGAGUACUCGCGAGCUACAGCAUCACAGUCAAGGAGUUGAAGUUCCUCUUCAGCAUGCUCCAAGGGGAAGGAGGCCUUUGGCCGAAGCACGCCAUCAAAAUGUUGUCUGUGCUGAAUCAGAUGCCCCAGAGACAUGGUCCAGAUGCCUUCUUCAACUUCUCUGGUCGCAGUGCAGCAGCUAUUGCUUUACCUCCUAUUGCCAAGUGGCCUUACCAGAACGGGUUUACAUUCAACUCCUGGUUCAGAAUGGAUCCCCUGAAUAACAUCAAUGUUGACAAGGAUAAACCGUAUCUCUACUGCUUUCGCACCAGUAAGGGUAUUGGCUACUCUGCACAUUUCGUUGGGAACUGCUUGAUCGUGACAUCACUUAAGUCAAAAGGAAAAGGCUUCCAGCAUUGUGUAAAGUACGAUUUCCAGCCCAGGAAGUGGUACAUGAUCAGUAUAGUUCACAUCUACAGUCGCUGGAGGAACAGUGAAAUCAGAUGCUAUGUUAACGGACAGCUGGUUUCUUAUGGAGACAUGGCAUGGCACGUCAACACAAAUGAUAGUUAUGAUAAGUGCUUCCUCGGCUCCUCGGAGACAGCGGACGCUAACAGAGUAUUUUGCGGGCAGCUAGGAGCUGUCUAUGUGUUCAGUGAAGCCCUCAAUCCUGCUCAGAUAUUUGCAAUUCAUCAGCUUGGACCAGGCUAUAAGAGUACGUUUAAGUUCAAGUCGGAGAGUGAUAUCCACUUAGCAGAGCAUCACAAGCAAGUGUUAUAUGACGGAAAGCUGGCCAGCGCCAUCGCCUUUACCUAUAACGCCAAGGCCACCGACGCCCAGCUCUGCCUGGAAUCCUCGCCGAAAGAAAACACUUCCAUCUUUGUGCACUCACCGCAUGCCCUUAUGCUACAGGACGUGAAAGCCACAGUGACACACUCCAUUCACAGUGCCAUCCACUCCAUCGGUGGGAUCCAAGUCCUUUUCCCCCUCUUUGCUCAGCUGGACUAUCAUCAGCUGAACGACAGUCAGGUGGAAACUACUGUAUGCGCCACUCUUUUAGCCUUUCUGGUUGAGCUGCUCAAAAGCUCCGUGGCGAUGCAGGAGCAGAUGCUGGGAGGAAAGGGCUUCUUGGUGAUUGGAUACCUGCUAGAGAAGUCAUCACGUGUACACAUCACCAGGGCUGUACUGGAGCAGUUCCUCUCCUUUGCUAAAUAUCUGGAUGGUCUCACACAUGGCGCUCCUUUGCUAAAGCAGCUCUGUGACCACAUCCUUUUCAACGCUGCCAUCUGGAUCCACACUCCCGCUAAGGUGCAGCUCUCAUUAUACACGUAUCUCUCUGCUGAGUUCAUCGGUACAUCAACCAUCUACAACACGAUUCGUCGAGUGGGCACAGUCCUCCAGCUCAUGCAUACGCUCAAGUACUACUACUGGGCCAUUAACCCUUCAGACACCAGCGGCAUCAUGCCAAAGGGUCUUGAUGGUCCAAGACCGACCCAGAAAGAAGUGAUUUCUCUGCGGGCAUUCAUGCUCCUCUUCCUCAAGCAGCUCAUCCUGAAGGACCGAGGUGUGAAGGAGGAUGAGCUGCAGAGCGUCCUGAACUAUUUGUUAACCAUGCACGAGGAUGAGAAUCUGCAUGAUGUGCUGCAGUUGGUGGUCGCCCUUAUGUCUGAGCAUCCUGCCUCCAUGAUCCCUGCUUUUGACCAGAGGAAUGGAAUACGGGUAAUCUACAAGCUCAUGGCCUCGAAGAGUGAAAGCAUUCGAGUACAAUCCCUCAAAGUCCUUGGCUACUUCCUCAAGCAUUUAGGCCACAAGAGGAAGGUGGAGAUCAUGCACACACACAGCCUCUUUACGCUCCUCGGAGAGAGGCUGAUGCUGCACACCAACACUGUGACGAUGACAACCUACAACACUUUAUACGAGAUUCUGACAGAGCAGGUGUGUACUCAGGUUGUACACAAACCUCAUCCCGAGCCCGACUCCACCGUCAAGAUUCAGAACCCGAUGAUUCUCAAGGUGGUAGCUACUAUAUUGAAGAAUUCCACCCCCUGCACGGAGCUGAUGGAGGUUCGGCGGCUCUUUCUUUCUGACAUGAUCAAACUCUUUAGCAACAGCAGAGAGAACCGACGAUGCCUGCUUCAGUGCUCGGUAUGGCAGGACUGGAUGUUUUCCCUCGGAUACAUCAACCCCAAAAACUCAGAAGAGCAGAAGAUCACUGAGAUGGUGUACAACAUCUUUAGGAUUUUGCUCUACCAUGCGAUCAAAUAUGAAUGGGGAGGGUGGCGUGUGUGGGUGGAUACACUCUCUAUAGCCCACUCUAAGGUGACAUAUGAGGCACAUAAGGAGUACCUGGCUAAGAUGUAUGAAGAGUACCAGCGUCAGGAGGAGGAGAAUAUUAAGAAAGGGAAGAAAGGUUUGGUCAGUACCAUCUCAGGUCUGUCUGCUCAAGCCUCUGGCAUCAAGGGAACAAUUGAGAUCAGAGAAAUGGAUGACAACUCCCAGACACCAGAUAGUGAGACAGACUACGAGAGUCCUGGCUCACGUAACCUUUUGGCUGAAGGGAAGGGACCCGAAGAGGAGCUCAGAGAACCAGAAAAUGCGGUGGAUGGUGUCAAAGUGGAGGUUCAUGAUCUUCUGGUGGAUAUCAAGGCGGAAAAGGUGGAGGCUACAGAGGUUAAGCUGGAAGAUAUGGACCUGUCCUCUGAAACUCUGGGACUAUCAGAGAACGGAGCACUCGUGGAAGUGGACUCUUUGUUGGAUAAUGUGUAUUGUGCUGCUGUGAAGCUCAACAGUAAUGUGAACAAUGUGCUGAUGCCCAAAAGCAGCUCAGACGACCAAAACGCACCGCCUCUCAUUACUCUGGAUGAUGACAAGGAGAGUAUCUCAAAUAGCAACAACUUCCUCUUUGGUAAUGUGUCAGGCAGCAGCAUCGACGGUAAGUUACUGCCCGAGCUUACUCCAUCCGGGUCUCUGGUCCUGCCCAGUCCAGAAACCCCAGCCCACAGCAGCCCCAGUGAAGGACUGGGGCUUCUGGCUCAGAUGACAGGCCCCUCUGAGCUGGGUUCCUUACCCAGCAUUCUGGAGAAGGAUGAGUUUGACCUACAGGCGACCCUAGAGGGCGUUGGUUCUGUGGCUGGCGCUGAGGCUGAAGCUUCCUCCAAAAGCCCACGGGCUGCUUGGGGUACAGCUGCAGUGACAUCUGAGGGGGACGCCUCGGCUGUUAAGGCUGGUGGUGCAGCAGAUGGUACCAGCAACACAUCUGACGUAGAAAGAUCAGAAGAUGCCAAAGACAAAGAGAUGAAGAAGAUUCAGACAACAGCCACCACACAGAGUCUACAUGGUCGUCAAGCCCCUCAGAUUGAGAGGGACAUCCGUGUGGACUUGGGCUUUAGGGGGACGCCCAUGACAGAGGAACAGCGACGUCAGUUCAGUCCCGGCCCUCGCACAACCAUGUUUCGCAUCCCAGAGUUCAAAUGGUCAGCCAUGCACCAGAGGCUGCUCACUGACCUGCUGUUUGCCCUGGAGAGCGACGUCCAUGUCUGGAGGAGCCACUCCACCAAAUCUGUCAUGGACUUUGUUAAUAGUAAUGAGAACAUUAUUUUCGUCCACAACACCAUCCACCUCAUUUCACAAAUGGUGGACAACAUAAUUAUUGCUUGUGGAGGAAUCCUGCCUCUGCUUUCAGCGGCCACUUCUCCCUCUAGCGCCAAGACGGAGUUGGAGAACAUUGAGGCGACGCAGGGCAUGUCUUCAGAAACCGCCAUCACCUUCCUGUCCCGUCUCAUGGUUUUGGUCGAUGUGUUGGUGUUCUCCAGCUCUCUCAACUUCAGCGAGAUAGAGGCUGAAAAGAACAUGUCUUCCGGCGGCCUGAUGCGCCAGUGCCUCAGACUUGUAUGUUGCGUGGCAGUGAGGAACUGCCUAGAGUGCAGGCAGAGGCAGAGAGACAGGGGAAAUAAGUCUUCCAUUCCCAAUAACAAGUCUCAGGAAAUCUUACAAAAUGCUGUGACUUCCAGCAAGACAGCCAUAGAAAAUGUCCCAAGUAAUCUAUCUCCCAUCAAGGACCCCGAUCGGCUUCUGCAGGAUGUGGAUAUCAAUCGACUACGCGCUGUGGUAUUUCGUGACGUGGAUGAUAGUAAGCAAGCUCAGUUCCUGGCUUUAGCUGUGGUGUACUUCAUCUCUGUCCUCAUGGUGUCCAAAUACCGCGACAUCCUGGAGCCCCAGCGUGAAACUGCCAGGAUAAGCAACCAAUCAGGUCACAGCAUGCGUCAGGAAAUCAACUCACCUACCAGCACAGGAACAUCACUUGCAUUUGACAGCAGAAAGGAUAAUCCCGCUCCAUUAGAGGACCUCCAUAUGGAAAGCUCUCUUCCCCACACAGACUCUGGGAUCGGAGAGGAGCAGGUACCCAGCGUCCUGAACGGCUCCGACCUGGACCACAGCGCUGGAGGGUCGGAUGCUAUGUGCGAGCUGUUUUCCACCCUCUCCUCAGAAGUGAAGAAGUCCCAGGAGAACCUGUCAGAGUCACCUAGUAUAGACAUGCUGAAGCCGCCCUCCGCCAUCCUCAGCAUUAGCCAGCCUAACAAGGGCAUCAACGUCAAGGAGAUCCUGAGGAGUCUUGUAGCGCCGGCGGACGGCAUGGACGCUGGUCUGGAGCCUGUGUCGUACACUGACCAUGCUGUCAAGGCCCAAGCCCAGGCCAUGCUGCCCAUGCAGUUCCACUCCUUUGACAGGAGUGUGGUGGUGCCGGUGAAGAAGCCCUCCCCUGGCAGCCUUGCAGUCAACACCCUGGGCGGCAGUAGCAGCAGUAGCACCUCUGCUGGGCUCACAGCCUCCAGCACCCCCAACAUCUUUGCUGCCACCUCUGCAACCCCUAAAAGCAUGAUAAACACAACAGGUGCCACUGAUGCCGCUGCUGCUUCAACCUCGUCUUCGUCUAGUUUCGUCAACGGAGCCACAAGUAAGAGUCUACCAGCUGUGCAGACGGUGGCCCCCAUGCCUGAGGACACUGUGGAAAACAUGAGUGCCUGUUGUGAGGUGGAUCAGUGUCCACCACGACAAGACCUGACUCCUCCUGAGCUCAAACCCGUUAAUUCCCUGACAGGAGUACAGGCAGCCUCCAGAGGUGCAGGCCAGUGUAGCAUCACAACAAAACUGGAGAGGGCUUUGGAGAAGGUGGCCCCCCUCCUUAGAGAAAUCUUUGUGGACUUUGCACCCUUUCUGUCACGUACUCUACUGGGCAGCCACGGACAGGAGUUGCUUAUAGAAGGGUUAGUAUGCAUGAAGUCAAGCACUUCAGUGGUGGAGCUUGUCAUGCUGCUUUGUUCUCAGGAGUGGCAGAACUCGAUUCAGAAGAACGCCGGCCUGGCUUUUAUCGAAUUAAUCAAUGAAGGAAGGUUGCUGUGCCACGCCAUGAAGGACCACAUAGUUCGAGUUGCCAACGAGGCUGAGUUCAUCCUGAACCGACAGCGAGCCGAGGACGUCCACAAACACUCAGAGUUCGAGUCCAACUGUGCCCAGUACGCUGCUGAUAGAAAAGAAGAAGAGAAGAUGUGUGACCACCUGAUCAGCGCCGCUAAACACAGAGACCAUGUGACAGCCAACCAGUUAAAGCAGAAAAUCAUCAACAUCCUCACCAACAAGCACGGCGCCUGGGGUACGGUGUGCCAGAGUCAGAUGCAUGACUUCUGGCGCCUCGACUACUGGGAGGAUGACCUGCGCCGAAGGAGGAGAUUUGUCAGGAACCCAUUUGGCUCCACCCACUUAGAUGUCACAUGCAAGUCCCUCCAGGAAUAUGGCUCAGAGGAAGACGAGGUGGUCAAGUCAAAGAAGGUCUUCCGAAGCCAAACUGUUGCUAGCCAGAACCCAGAGACAGAACUGAUGCUGGAGGGAGACGAGGACGCCGCCAGUCUCUUACAGGAGAAGGAGAUGGAUAACGUGGGUGGCCCAGUGGUCCUGAGCAGCCCGGCCCAGCUCGUCGCCCCAGUCCUGGUGGCUCGGGGGACCCUGUCCAUCACCACCACUGAAAUCUACUUCGAGGUGGAUGAGGAUGACCCUGCCUUCAAAAGGGUCGACUCAAAGGUCUUAGCCUACACCGAGGGUUUACAUGGGAAGUGGAUGUUCAGUGAGAUCCGAGCAGUCUUCUCUAGGCGUUAUCUCCUGCAGAACACAGCAGUGGAGGUCUUUAUGGCCAACAGAACAUCAGUCAUGUUCAACUUUCCAGACCAGGCCACGGUAAAGAAGGUGGUCUACAGUCUGCCUCGGGUAGGAGUGGGCACCAGCUAUGGACUUCCACAAGCCAGGCGGAUCUCCUUGGCCACCCCUCGGCAACUUUUCAAGUCGUCCAACAUGACCCAGCGUUGGCAGAGAAGGGAGAUUUCCAACUUUGAAUACCUCAUGUUUCUAAACACUAUUGCAGGGAGAACAUACAAUGACCUGAACCAGUACCCGGUCUUUCCUUGGGUCCUCACCAACUAUGACUCAGAGGAGCUGGAUCUGACCUUGCCAGGGAACUUCAGAGACCUCUCAAAGCCCAUUGGUGCUCUGAAUCCGAAGCGCGCAGCUUUUUAUGCCGAUCGCUACGAGACGUGGGAAGACGACCAGACACCACCUUGUCAUUACAACUCUCAUUACUCUACAGCUGCCUCCACCCUGCACUGGCUUGUCAGGAUAGAGCCCUUCACCACUUUCUUCCACAGUCUAAAUGGGAACAAAUUCGACCACCCUGACCGUACCUUUUCAGCCAUUUCCCGCUCUUGGAGGAAUUGUCAGAGGGACACGUCUGAUGUUAAGGAGCUGAUUCCUGAGUUCUAUUACCUACCAGAGAUGUUUGUUAACAGCAACGGCUACCAUCUGGGAAUGAGGGAGGACAGGACGAUGGUCUGCGAUGUGGACCUGCCCACCUGGGCUAAGAAGACUGAAGACUUUGUUCGGAUAAACAGGAUGGCCCUGGAAAGCGAGUUUGUGUCAUGUCAGCUGCAUCAGUGGAUUGACCUUAUUUUCGGCUACAAGCAGCGAGGCCCGGAGGCGGUGCGUGCCCUCAACGUCUUUCACUACCUGACUUACGAGAGCUCCGUCAACCUGGACAGUAUUACUGACCCCUCGCUCCGAGAGGCCACAGAGGCGCAGAUCCAGAGCUUUGGACAGACGCCAUCUCAGUUGCUUAUUGAGCCACAUCCUCCACGCAGCUCCGCCAUGCACCUGUGUUUCCUUCCACAGAGUCCGCUCAUGUUCAAGGACCAGAUGCAGCAGGAUGUCAUCAUGGUGUUAAAGUUUCCGUCCAAUUCACCCGUAACACAUGUGGCUGCCAACACCCUGCCCCAUCUGACGGUGCCGGCUGUGGUCACUGUCACCUGCAGUCGACUAUUCGCCGUCAACCGAUGGCACAACACUGUCGGUUUACGGGGUGCACCUGGAUACUCUCUGGAGCAGGCUCAUCACCUGCCCAUAGAGAUGGACUCUCUUGUUGCCAACAAUACUGGAAGCAACAAGCGUCAGAUCACAGACCUAGUGGACCAGAGCAUCCAAAUCACCACACACUGUUUUGUGGUGACAGCUGACAACCGCUACAUCCUGGUGUGUGGCUUCUGGGACAAGAGCUUUCGUGUGUACUCCUCCGAGACAGGCAAGCUGACCCAAAUUGUUUUUGGACACUGGGACGUGGUGACAUGUUUGGCCAGAUCUGAGUCCUACAUCGGGGGAGAUUGCUACAUCGUGUCUGGGUCCCGGGACGCCACUUUGCUGCUGUGGUACUGGAGUGGGCGUCACCAUAUAAUUGGCGACAACCCCAAUAACAGUGACUACCCAGCGCCACGAGCCGUUCUAACCGGUCAUGAUCAGGAGGUGGUGUGUGUGGCGGUCUGUGCAGAGCUCGGCCUCGUCAUCAGUGGAGCUAAAGAGGGUCCGUGUCUGGUCCACACUAUUACAGGUGACCUUCUGCGAGCCCUGGAGGGGCCGGACCACUAUCAGUGCCCUCGGCUUAUAUCAGUGUCCAGCGAAGGCCACUGCAUCAUCUACUACGAGAGGGGCCGCUUCUGCAACUUCAGCAUUAAUGGAAAACUGCUGGCACAGAUGGAGGUCAACGAUUCCACCAGGGCGAUUCUCCUGAGCAGUGACGGCCACAACCUGGUGACAGGUGGGGAUAACGGUGUGGUGGAGGUGUGGCAGGCCUGUGACUUCAAACAUCUCUACAUCUACCCGGGUUGCGACGCUGGCAUUCGAGCCAUGGACCUAUCACAUGAUCAAAGGACUCUGAUCACAGGCAUGGCCUCUGGCAGUAUUGUGGCAUUUAACAUAGAUUUCAACCGCUGGCACUACGAGCAUCAAAACAGGUACUGAGGAGAGGAAGAAGAGGAAGAUUCACACAGUGGAAUGCAAGUGUGUAGCAGAGGAGGGUGGAUGCCUACCAACCGGUGACAAAGCAGAAGAUCCAUAGAGUAUGGAGGAGAUGCAGUGUGUUGGGAAGUACCAGCAUGAGGCUAAAAGAACCAGGUAUGCUUAUCUGGCCUCUGAUGGGAACUACUUGCUAGAUGCUUGUUGGGACAUACUUUGUUGGGUUUUUUUUUUGUCUUACCUGAGCACCAGCGUAGCAUUUCCCCAGCUGAGUAAAAUAUUGACUGAGAUCAACGGAAGUCAACAAAGAGACAAGCUAUUAAAACAUACCUAAUAAGUUCAGUUUUUCAGUUUCUAUACCAGACUGUGAAAAUGCAAAACAAAAUGAAUCCUCUGUUUGGAACAUUUAUACAACAUUUGUAUGGCAGAUGCAUAUCCCACUUGAAACAUUUUUCUAGGAAAAAGUUAACCUGUAAAUGUGGACAGUGUAAAGUGUUUCUUCCCUGUAAAGCCUGAGAUAAAGCUCUAAAUGCUGUUAGAUUAGUCACAAUGUUACCAACACAUUUCCAUCGUGCGAGUCAUGUUUAAAUGUUGAGUGUUUUCAUUGCCUUCAGAUAUUAGUUGAUUAGUAAUACAUGUAUAUCACCAUUGUCUGCUCAUUGUUCUCGGCAGUGGUCAGACGUAUGUGUAUGUGACAAAAAGACAAGAUGUUUACUGUUGAUUUGUUGUUUGAAUGUCUAUAUGGAUAAAGAGUCAAAUGUAGUGUGAGUUUGUCCUGUGAAAUAUUUGUUUUUGGUCAUGAUGUCAACAAAAAAAAAAAGUUAUAAUACAUAUAUUUAUUUGCAUUUUGGUUUGUGAAUGACAAGGAGUUAAAUUUACUUUUGUCUCUAACAUCUUAGAAUGAUCCAAAUGAUUUAUUUGGUUUAGCAGUUAUUAAUGUUUUUUAUUGUGUUUUACCAAAAACAUAUCCAGAGGAUUAACCUGUUUUUCAAUAGUACCUCAUGACUGUUAAGGUGUUAGUGUUUUGUGGUAGAGUCGUAUGACUUUUUUUUUUUUUUGUAAAAGACGUGUAAUUAUUAAGACAUUCUACACUUGUUAGUACUGCAAGAAUUAUUACUGUAAUACUGAGUUCUGUAGUUUGCUUAUUUUUGCACAAAAUGUUUGCUCGUCCAUUUUAACCAUGUGAAUUCAUGAAUGCCAGUUUAUGCUUUAAUACCAUGUACUGGUAAGCAAUAUUAUUACUGAAACGGUCUAAGGAAAACUUUCAGCUGUGA